CUGGCAUUGACUGCAUCUGCUCUGCUCUGACCAUGGCGCCGGGAAUCAACGAGACAGCCCUCCCCGUCCACCCCCACCCACGGGACGAGGCCCCCGAAUACCCCCAACCCCUCCAAACCAGCGGGGCAUUGGACCAGUUCGAGUACGAAGAGACCACUCCGGUCAUCGGACGGGAGUAUCCGACUGUGAAUAUUGUGGAUGAUUUGUUGAACGCACCGAACGCGGACGAGCUGGUGCGCGAUCUGGCCAUCACCAUCUCCCAACGCGGCGUGGUCAUUUUCCGCGCGCAAAACAACCUAACCGAUGCCCUGCAAAAACACCUCAUCCAGCGCCUGGGCCAGCUAACCAACAAACCCCCCACCUCGACCCUCCACAUCCACCCGAUCCUCAACAACACGAGCGAGUUUGGGGUGGACGACGCGGAGAUCAGCACGAUCAGCUCGCUGGCGCGCAAGAAGCUGUUUGGACCCUCCCACCAACGCAACAAGCGCCGGUACGACGCCGCGCAAUGGCACUCGGACAUCCAAUUCGAGCCCGCCCCGGCGGAUUACACCUCCCUGCGACUGACCCAGCUGCCGCGCACGGGGGGCGAUACCCUCUGGGCGAGCGGGUAUGAGCUCUACGACCGAUUUUCGCCGGCUUACCGACGCUUCCUGGAGGGGUUGACGGCGACCUUCUCGGGCGACGGGUUCCUGCAAGCCGCCGCGCGGAAUCCCACAGAGGUGCGGAUCUAUGAGGAGCCCCGCGGGAGCCCGUUGAAUGUGGGCAGGGAGUUGACGGCGGUGCAUCCGGUGGUGCGCACGAAUCCGGUGACGGGGUGGAAGAGUGUGUUUGCAGUCGGGCCGUUUCCGAAGGUGAUUAAUGAGUUGACCGUGGAGGAGUCGGAGGAGUUGUUGGCCAAGUUCAAGAAGAUCGUGGCGGAGAGUCAUGAUUUGCAGGCCCGGCUGAAGUGGAAGAAUGAGAACGAUAUUGCGAUCUGGGAUAAUCGCAGUGUGUUUCAUACAGCGACGUUUGAUUAUGAGGGACUCGGGGAGCGGUUCGGCCAUCGUGCGGUGGGGAUUGGGGAGAAGCCGUUUUUGGAUCCGAAGAGUCGGUCGAGGACGGAGGUGUUGGAGGGGUUGUAAUUGGGGCUAUUGUUAGAGGGUGUUUGUGGUGGUGGAUCAGGCUGUCGCAUGAGUUGGCAAGCAUUGCGCAAUGAAUAUACAUCACUGGAGAGUCGUACGUCUAACAGAAAUGAUCAAUGUGGAUAUACAAGAGAG